UCCUUGUCAGGACUUCCGGUUUACUUCCGUGUACUGUUUGCACCUGGACGGAGUUGAGCGUUGGUGUAUUAUAAAGAACUUAACGGUAACAUGUAAACGUUAUUACUGUACUUGAUGCACAAUGAAGAUCGUCACUUGGAAUAUCAAUGGGAUACGAGCUUACAAAGGCGGGAUCAAGAAAGCCCUCCAAUCAUUGGACGCAGAUAUAAUCUGUCUGCAAGAAACUAAAGUGACAAGAGACCUGCUUGAUGAAAGAACCGCUGUUGUUGAGGGCUACAACUCUUAUUUCAGCUUCAGUCGUGGGCGCAGUGGCUAUUCAGGGGUUGCUACUUACUGCAAAGACUCUGUUGCUCCGUUUGCUGCUGAGGAAGGUCUCACUGGUUUGCUGACUAACCAUGAAGGGGCCGUUGGAUGUUACGGGGACCCUAUGGAGUUCUGUGAUGACGAGUUGCAACUUCUGGAUAAUGAAGGACGAGCUGUUAUUACACAGCAUCAAUACAUGUGCAAAAACCAGAUACAGAAGGUUACUGUAGUGAAUGUUUACUGCCCACGUGCUGAUCCUGAGAAGCCGGAACGUAAACAGUUCAAAUUGCAGUUCUACAAGUUGCUUCAGAGUCGGGCUGAAGCCAUAUUGAAGGCUGGAAGCCAUGUCAUCAUCUUAGGAGACGUGAACACAUCUCACAGAACCAUUGACCACUGUGACCCCAGUGACCUUGAUAACUUUGAUGAGCACCCUGGAAGAAAAUGGCUGAACGUUUUUUUAAGGGCUGAAAGUAAAAGCGAGUCGGGGAGAGAGAACGAGGGAUCGUCCACAGAUGACGUCCUCAACAACGGCGGGAAAUUCAUCGAUACCUUCCGCUAUUUCCAUCCGGAGCGCACACAUGCCUUCACCUGUUGGAACACGCUCACCGGGGCCCGGCAGACCAAUUACGGCACUCGCAUUGACUAUAUAUUCGCCGACGUCCAGCUGGCCAAAGAGCAGUUUACAGCAGCGGACAUCCUGCCAGAGGUGGAAGGCUCAGACCACUGCCCCGUGUGGGCGAAACUCUGCUGCACACUUUUGGCCAGCCCCAAACUUCCUGCUCUCUGCACCCGCUACCUGCCAGAGUUUGCAGGCAAGCAGCAGAAACUCUCUCACUUUCUGGUGAAGGUGGACCCGAAGCCCAUGAGAACUGAGUCCAGGGAUUCGCUACCCAGUUCUCAGGAGGCCGGGGAGAAGCGGGAGAACUUAAAGCCGCUAGGAGCAGCGGAGAGCAGUUUGGGAAAGAAAAGGCCUUUGGCACCGGGGUCUGGGACACCGAAAGGGAAGAAGAGCAACGUGACCAAGACCUCAGCCAAGCUGCCACCCCCACAGGGCAGCCUGCUCGCCUUCUUCAAACCCAAGGCUUCGAGUGGAGCUCCGAUUCUGAAGGCAUCAGAAGCAUCCAGCGCGGCUGACCCAAACCCACUUCCCCGAUCACAAAAAUCACAAAUGGUCCAACUCAACCACACCAAAGUGGUCAACGGUGUCUGUGACUCCUCCACGAUGCACACCUCCAGCCGCCCUCUAGAGGAGAGUACCGGGGAGACGCCGAGAGAAACCAAGGCCGAACAGCGGAUUGCAGAAUCCACAGUGGCUCCUAAAGGGCCAAAGGGAGCUUCGCUGGGGUUCUGGAAGUCCGUUCUUCAUGGGCCUCCGCCAGCCCCCCCGUGCAAGGUCCACAGAGAGACUAGUGUACUGCGCACCGUCAAGAAGGAAGGACCUAAUUUGGGCAGACAGUUUUUCGUUUGUGCCCGACCACAGGGACAUGCCUCCAAUCCCGAAGCUCGAUGUAACUUCUUUGCGUGGGUUGACAUGGGGAAGUAGUGUGUCUUCUUUAAUGAACAGAGGAACAUAAGGACCAGUAGAACAAAGAAGUGUGUAUGGAAUUAAGCCUUUUUAUAUCGUUGUGUUUUUGAAUAAAGACAAAAAAAAAACUAGAAAAUAAAGACAUUUAUAAAGUUUUUUU